CGUACGCGGUGUCUUGUGGGCUCGGCGGCGGCGGCGGUGUCCAUCAUGGCGGCUUCCAUCUCGGGCUACACGUUCAGUUCCGUCUGCUACUACAGCGCCAACAGCAGCGCCGACCACGAAGGAUUUCUGCUGGGAGAGGUGAGACAAGAAGAGACCUUUAGCAUUAGUGAUUCACAGAUCAGCAACACUGAAUUUCUACAAGUGAUUGAAAUCCAUAACCAUGAGCCUUGUUCAAAACUCUUUAGCUUUUAUGACUAUGCAGGCAAGGUUAAUGAGGAGAGUUUGGACAGGAUUCUUAAAGACCGAAGAAAAAACGUUAUCGGGUGGUACAGAUUUAGGAGAAACACUCAGCAGCAAAUGUCAUAUAGAGAACACAUCAUCCAUAAACAGCUGACCCAUAUUCUUGGAGUGCCUGAUCUUGUCUUCCUCCUCUUCAGCUUCAUUUCCACUGCAAAUAAUUCAACACAUGCUUUAGAAUAUGUGCUUUUUAGACCAAACCGAAGGUAUAAUCAAAGAGUGUCACUUACUAUUCCUAAUCUAGGCAACACUAGUCAACAGGAAUACAAAGUUUCUUCAGUGCCAAAUACUUCUCAGAGUUAUGCCAAAGUUAUUAAGGAACACGGUACUGACUUUUUUGACAAAGAUGGAGUGAUGAAGGACAUCAGGGCUAUCUAUCAGGUUUAUAAUGCACUUCAGGAAAAAGUACAGGCAGUAUGUAUAGAUGUAGAGAAAAGUGAACGUGUGGUUGAAUCUUUUCAAGCUGAUGUAGACAAGUUAAAAAGGCAAAUCGCACAAAAGAAAAGUGAAAAGGAACAAGAAAUAAGAAUGCAGCAAGCAAUUUUAAGCAGGCAGAUGCCAACAGAUAACUUGGAACCUAUGUUUGUUCCACGAAUGUCCUACACUGGAUUUGCUGUGGAAGGCUGCACGCUUGAAGAUCCGGAUGUCUCCGAUCCUCCUCCUCCGUAUUCCGAUUUCAAUGCAAGCAAUCAAGAAAGUACUGUGGGUCCCAGUCUCCUAGAAAGCAAUGUUUUUAUGCCUCGACCUCAAGCAGUAGGUUCUUCCAGUUAUGUUUCCACAAACACAGGAUUGAAAUAUUCAGGUAAUGGAGCAUCCAUGCCGUCCUCCCAAAGAGCGGUUGGUGACAAUGUUGAUGAAUCAGAAGACAGUGAUUAUGAAAACUUGCUUGAACCUGCAGAGUCAUCUGACAGUGAAUACUCACAGACAAGAGAUUCCCGACCUUCAGCACAUCCUGAUGGUGACUCCAGGAACACUCAAACAUCUCAGAUUUGAUGGGGAGGGGGGUAAAAAUCCACAUGACACUGUUUUUUCACAGUUGUUGCCGAGAGAUUUUGGGGAUUUAACCUGGAGGAAAUGAACUACACAGGAUUUAACUGUGCACGCAACAUGUAGAAGACUUGCACUAGAGGGUUUAUUCACCUUGUGAUACAUUUUGCAAGUUUUAUAAUGGAAUCAUUAGGAUAAUCAAGUUGUACUAAUACUGAUGAGCUUCAUGGAUGUACUGGUAAACUUAGGCAAAAUGAUGAAAUUUAUAGAGAUCUUGUAGCUUUUGUUGCCGUAUUUUCUUUAAGACGAUAAAUUGGGAUGUAGUAACUAAGCACAGUUAGUCUACAAAUAAUGUUCUCAAAUCAAAACUUACCUCUUGCACUAUCAUGCCUUGAAUUUUCAGUUUGGAAAGGGAAUACAUGUAUCAGCCGCCUUCAGAAUAGCUUUCUAUGGUAAGCCAAAUUGGCCUUUGCAAGCAAAGAAGUUUUGAUAAUCCUGAGAAGCCUGAUGGGAGCAGAUGUGGUCGAUCUUCUUGUAUUGGCAUGCUCUUUGAACAGAGAAGGGGUUUGUUUCCACUUUUUUUACUAGCAGAAUGUGUGUAUCACUUCAACUGAUGGUUGCCUUUUUUUCUGUAAAGGGUGUUUUUUUUUGGGGGGGGGGGGGUGGGACGACUGGUAAAUCAUCCAAAUGAAUGUCAUGAAUAGAAUUCUUCCGGUUCCGCUGGGUUUACAGUGACUUUAUGCCACACUAAGCCUCAUUUCUUGUCUCAUUUGUUACUUUAGCAUCAAUACCAAGUGCACAUACAGGAGUAAAUGGCUGAGAGAAGUAGUAACUUCCAUCGUGAGUGGACUUUGGAGUCUGCAAAUGACAAACAUCAGAGCCCGCUUCUCGCGUUUUAUUUGCAUCUGAAUAUUGGAUUUACGCCUCUAGACGAGUUAUUUUAUGUAAUACACGGGGGAUAGGGUAGGAGAAGGUUGGUUGGAGAGUCCCCUGGGUUUAUUACCUCUCUUCCUUUGGGUGAAAUGUGUAAAUGACUAUUUUAAUUGGAAUGACAGCUCUUGUCAGAAAAUUGGGAUAAAUGAAGUGUGGUAUAUUUAGAGAAUUUCAUGUUUGGAUGCACUUACUUUUAUUUAAAUACUGCUUGUAUGCUAACGUUGCCCAAAAUAUGUGAAAUUGUGCCACUGAGAAGUUUGUAGUAUUGGACUCUAUCCCUGAUCUGUCAAUGGGAAACCACACGUUUUAAGAUGAGGUCAUGUAAGCCUUUAUUGCAUUGGGGGGUGAAUAACCACUUCUUUGGUUUACACCCAGAACAACAAAGCAGUUGCUUCAAAGUUGCAAUAGAUUGGAUUUACAGAAGCCUACAGUGUCAGUAUGUAUUGUAUAUGUAGGCAGAAGUCUGUUCAUUAGCCUCUCCUUACCUGUACUAAAUCAAGCAGAUGGAGAACCCGAGGUGUUCAAGUUGCUGCUCUUCUCCCGAGUGCUUCCACCUUUAAACAUCUCGUGGGCUGGUUUAACUCUUUGACAUUAUUCUCAUUAGCCUUAACUUGAUGCAUUUUCUCUUGGAGCGUUGCAAUCCACUGAACAGAGAACUUGCUCUGCUGUUACCACUGGCUCCGUGCAGGCGCCCGUGGUUCCGGUGGUGUCCGUGUGUGUGUGUGUGUUGAAAUCAGGAUGGACACGAUGGCAACUACCGUCUUUUAGUUUUAUUCCGCACAGAAACCUGCAAAAUGUACAUCUCUGACAAAGCAGUUCAAUGUGACAAUAAAAUCUUAUUUAAUCCUGUAACCUAUAUUUUACUCUUUGUCAGGUUCCGUGCUGGAGCACAGCUUGAAACGGAUGGUUUCAUAAAGCCCAGACGGGGAUUUGAUGGAAGGGGGAGAGGGCAGCGCUGUAC